ACUCGACUCGUUUUAACAAAAUCGACAAUCCGAGAGAAAAAACAACAUGCUUAAAACGUCAAAAUCGGCUUAGUAUAAAAUCUGCCCCGCAAAAAAAGACCAAAAAGACAAAAUUAUAUUUCUCGGCUAACAUCAACUUUAUAAAUAGCGGAUCCCUGGUCAGGACCGCUCCCUAUUUUAUAGAGCUGAAACUCUGCAGCGGGAUAUAGCACAAAUCUAACAUAUUAAGCACAUACACAACAUGGCCCAAAAGCAGGUGACGAACACCACGAAGAUCCGCAAUACAUCUCUGAACCUCAUAAACCAAGUGGUCGGUGGAAAGUAUCACGUGCUGAAGGCCAUCGGAUCGGGCUCCUUCGGGGACAUAUACCAGGGCGUGAGCAUCAAGGACGGGUCGGAUGUGGCGAUAAAGGUGGAGCCGUCAGACGCCAAGUAUCCGCAGUUGAUGUACGAAGCCAAAGUGUACGAGCAGCUGGCCGAUUGUACGGGCUUUCCGGCCCUGUUGCACUUUGGCUGCGAGAAGAACUACAACGCGAUGGUGAUCGAAUUGCUGGGGUCCUCGCUGGAGGAACUCUUCAACAAGUGCAAGCGCCGUUUCUCUCUAAAGACCGUCCUGAUGCUGACCGACCAGCUGCUGCUGCGCCUGCAGUGCGUGCACGAACACGGAUUCAUCCAUCGGGACAUCAAGCCAGACAACUUCCUCAUGGGCCUGGGCAAGAACAGCAACAAACUUUUCCUUAUUGACUUCGGGCUCUCAAAGCGGUUUAAGGAUAUAGGCACGGAGCAGCACAUCGCGUACCGCAAGGACCGCAACCUCACCGGCACCGUCCGCUACGCCUCCAUAAACGCACAGCAGGGCGUGGAACAGUCGCGUCGGGACGACAUGGAGUCGCUGGGGUACUGCAUGAUGUACUUCAACAUCGGCAACCUGCCGUGGCAGGGCGUCACCGCCGCCACCAAAAAGCAGAAGUACGAGAAGAUCCUGGAGAAGAAAACCAGCGUCUCGAUCGAGGAACUCUGCAAAGGGUUUCCUGCGGAGUUUGCUCUGUACAUGAAGUACGUGCGAAAUCUCCGCUUCAAGGAGCCGCCGGAUCACGUUUACCUUCGGCAACUCUUUCGCAUUAUGUUCCGCUCCUUGGGGCACCAGUACGACUUCAUGUUCGACUGGAACCUUUUGGAUAUCCAAGAGAAGGAGCGUCAACGCCGGGAGCGGGAACGGCAAAAGGAGCAACACCGAAUGUUGGACCGACUUACCUACGGACGCGAACGGGAGCGGGACCGACAGCGAGAUCGAGAGCAGCGACGGAGCUCCGCUCAGUACACCGUACCACACUCCUACCGGCGAGUGUCCAGCAAAUAUGACCGCGACUGGAUCGGUGAUGGGACUCUCCCCAAAAAGUAGCGAAGAUCGGGGGCAAGGUGGUCAG